GUAAACUUAGUCACAUGUCUUCUUCACAGUUUGUGCACAUAAAGGCAGGGAGCAUCUAUGUCAGCAGGUAGUUAUUCACCACAACUGUAUAAUGGCAGAUGGGGGCGGACAGGAAAUGUGUGCUGGAUACCUUUACAAAUCUCCCCCAGAAAAUCAGUUCAAGACUAUGAAAUCAUGGAAGCGCAGGUAUUUUGUACUCUUAAAAUACACUAACCACACAUGCCAGCUCAACUACUACAAAAGUCCAGAGAAAGGCAAACCACUUGGAGACAUUAACCUGUCUGCGAUCACAUACAUGUUCUUGCACCCUGAGAUGCUCGAUAUGUGGAAAUGGAUUCAGAACAAUUUCAGAUGCUCCCCUUCUUGUGUAAUGUUUGUGAAAGUACCAGAACGGGACUACUUCCUCAUCGCAGAAAACAGUUGGGAGAUGGAAAAAUGGUUCACAGCUUUAUUUGAUGCCCUAAGUAACCGUCCACACAGACUACAAAAUCCAAAGGAAUUUGGCACAAUCAGAAAUAUCGGUGAACUUCCACAAUCUACAAAUGACAAUAACCAGGUGUGUGAAUGGAACGGACCGUCUACUGAAAACAAUGAAGAAUUUCCUGGAGAUAAAGACCACUUUCUCAAAAAUGCCGUUUUGCAGCCUUGAUUGUAUCAGCAGGAAGCUGAGUGGGGAUUCCCACAAUAUGUUACACAUCAGAUGCAAAUGUCAUCAUCUGUGAUCCACGAGCCUGUCUAUGUCAGACCUGUAGAUUACAAAAGCGAUCAGGUAGAUACACAGACAGUACAAACUUCACAAAAACUACUACAAACUUACAAGUAUCCACGCUUAGUUUUGUGCUUCUUUUGCUCACUUGACAGAACUGAUGGCAGAGACAGAGUGUAGAGAAGAUUCUGUUUGCGACAUCGCCUCCAUUGACAGAUUGAAUAAGAACUUUCAGGUUUUAUCCUGGACUCCAGAGUUUUUGUACUUUUUGUUGCCUAUGAGAGGUGUAUGUCACAACAGACUGUGUGGUCAGAGCAACAGUUUGUAAAGAAAGACUGAAUGUAUUGUUUUUGUAUUCUAUCUGUAAGAAAGAAUGUUUUUUACUUUGAUAAUAUGCUGCACUGUGCUAAACCAUACAUUUUUAGAGAAUUUUGAAUAAAAAUGUUGUAAACAAAAUGUUUGAUUUUACACAAAUAAACAUAUUC